AUGUCCUUACAGGAGUUUUUCGAAGAUGAAUACGCAGAUGUUGAUAUGGCAUCAAUUUCUGUUCCUAUUGAGAAAGGACCAUUUCACGAUGGAGAUAGCUUUAAUCAACGUCAUUUAGGAGACCCGGUUAUUUCAGGGCCACCUUAUAUUGUUAAAUUAUUGAACUUGCCUGUAACAGCCAAUGAUUCAUUUGUUCAAGACUUAUUUCAAAGCAGAUUUACCCCAUUUGUCAAAUUUAAAAUUGUUACAGACCCCGCAUCGAAUAUUUUGGAGACCCAUGUUAUUAGACAAGUUGCUUUUGUGGAAUUGGAGUCUGCCAGUGAUAUGUCAAAAGCUUUAAAAUGGCAUGACUUGUACUAUAAGGCAAAUAGAAGAGUCACUGUUGAAGUGGCAGAUUUUAACGAUUUUCAGAAUUGUAUUAAGUUCAAUCAAGAACACGAGUAUGAAAUUAUGCAAAUUCAACAAGAAUUCAUUGCCCAAAAACAACAGCAACGGCAACCCAGACAUAUGGCUCUUUUAGACGACUUUGAAAGAAAUCAACGUGGUCCUGAAUUGCCCUUACAUCAUCAACAACAACAACAACAACCGCACCAUCAUUUCAAUCCUAAUUUAAACAGACCUUCAGGUAGAUCAAGUCUUCCAACAAAUGAGAUGUCUCAUUCGAGAAGACUUUCUUUUGAGGCACAAUUACAUCCUCAUCAACAGAGCCACGAACAGCGUAUUAGACAGCCUUCUUUUGACAAUGCAUUCUCAGACACCCCUAAUCCCCCAUUUGGUGGUGGUGGUGGUAUUCGUCAACAUACGCAUCCUAUAAACCCACCAGUUGCCCCAACUAGUGCUCCUGCGCUGAAGCCUUUUGUGACACCAAUUUCAUCUGCCAGUUCCACUUCUAAACCCAAGCCAAAUCCAUUUGGUGGUGCCAAACCAGUUGAUACUUUGUCUAAACAACAAGAAAUUGAGAAGAAACUAAUUAAUUUGAAUAAAACUACAGUACAGACUUUGGGAGAUGAAGAAAACCCCGACGAAGUUCAAGCAACUAUUAAAAAAUUUCGCGAAAAUGGUUCACCAAAAUUGAGAAGAGCUUCUGUAGGUUCAAGAAGAUUAUCCUCUGAAAAGAGACCAUCAGUAUCAAUUUUGAAAAGAGACCUCCCAGAGAAACAACAGCAACAACCACAAAAUCUGAACACAAAUCAAACUGCAUUACAUCAACCCGAUCAACCACAAAAUCAUUCACCAAACGUGUCUCUGACUCAACCUUCUGCAGAAUCACCUUCAGUGGAAACUCAACCAUUAUCAACCAACCCUUAUACAUCCAAUGGGACAGGUAAAUCUUUAGCACAAUUGUUAAGUGAACAAUCAGAUAUUAUGUCGACUCCACCAAUGACUGGUAAGAAGACGCCAAGAAGCAACAGUAAUAAAAAGCCCGUAGUGGCUGCUAAACCUAUUAUCUUAAAGAAGAAAAUCGCUACAUCACCACCAGUUCAAAGGAUUGAUUUAACAAUAAAAGAAAGCGAAUAUUUGAAGAAGAAUGUGAAUGAUUUGCAAAAAUCGGUUGAUGAGAAUCUUGAGAAUAAAUUGGAAAAAUUGGACUUGAAUAGUAAGACAUUACAGGAAAAUGGAACUAAAGAGUCAACAAAGACAACAAUUGAUUUUCCUAAACGAGAAAAUAACCGAGAAGAAGAUCGUCCAAACUUUAAGAAUUUGGAUCAAUUAGUCCAGAAAAGAAAUGAUAGUCGAGCAUCGUCUUCUUCAUCAAAUAGUAGAAGAUUUGAGUUUUCCCGAGGAUCAAGAGAAGAGAAUGAACAGGUUCCUUCUAAGUCUUCACAAAACAAUUCUGAAGAAUCAUUGAAAUUAGCAAUUUCUGGAACGGACGACCAACAGGACUUGUCCUCCACUAACGCUAGAUUGGAAAGUGGAAUGUGGGAAAGAGGAAGAGGAAGGGCAAGAGGUGGUUUCAGAGGUAGAAGUGGUUUCAGAGGCAGAAGUGGGUUUAGAGGUGGCCCUAGAGGUGGCCCUAGAGGGAGAGGUGGUGGUGCCAGCGCUAACUAUAACCUUCAUUAUGUAAGAUCAAAACCAACUUCUGGUGAAACCAAUUAG